AUGAAUUUCUUGAGUGAAGACAUAUUCUUUUUAUCUCUUCCAUCUUCAUUGCUUCUUUCCUGCUUGAAUUUCUUGAGUGAAGACAUAUUCUUUUAUCUCUUCCAUCUUCAUUGCUUCUUUUUGAAUGAAUUUCUUGGUGAAGACAUAUUCUUUUUUCAUUGCUUCUUUUUUUUUGGAUCUUCCAUUUUUCUUUCAUUUCAUUGCUUCUUUUUGAAUGAAUUUCUUGAACAUAUUCUUUUUAUCUCUUCCAUCUUCAUUGUUUCUUUUUUGAAUGAAUUUCUUGGUGAAGACAUAUUCUUUUAUCUCUUCCAUCUUCAUUGCUUCUUUUUUGAAUCUUUCUUGGUGAACAUAUUCUUUUUUUCUUCCAUCUUCAUUUUCUUUUUGAAUGAAUUUCUUGGUGAAGACAUAUUCUUUUUAUCUCUUCCAUCUUCAUUUUCUUUUUGGAAUGAAUUUCUUGGUGAGGACAUAUUCUUUUUCUUUUUUUUGAUCUUGAACAUAUUCUUUUAUCUCUUCCAUCUUCAUUGCUUCUUUUUGAAUGAAUUUCUUGGUGAAGACAUAUUCUUUUUAUCUCUUCCAUCUUCAUUGCUUCUUUUUUUGAUAGAUUUCUUGAGUGAAGACAUAUUCUUUUUAUCUCUUCCAUCUUCAUUGCUUCUUUUUUUUUUGAAUGAAUUUCUUGAUGAAGACAUAUUCUUUUUUUCUUCUUUCAUCUUCAUUGUUCUUUUUUCAAUGCUUGAUUUCUUGAGUGAAGACAUAUUCUUUUUUUCUCUUCUUCAUCUUCUUUUGAAUUCUUUUUUCUUAUCUCUUCCAUCUUCAUUUCUUUUUGAAUGA